UUGUAAAACCUAAUAUAUAAAUUCGUUACUCAAUUUUCGCUUCCGUCCUCGUCGUGGUCGUAGUCUCUCUAACUCUCUUUUAAGAUUCAAAAAGGACUUUUGCUUAUCUUCCAAAAUUCACCAUGUCUGGGGAAGAAGCUGCUCCUGCUGUUGUUGUUCCUCCGGCUGCUGAGCCAGCUGCAAUUCCAGAGGACAUGGAUCUGUUGACUGCAUUGGAGCUGACUCUAAGGAAGGCCCGUGCUCACGGAGGUGUGACCCGUGGUCUCCAUGAAAGCGCCAAGCUUAUCGAGAAGCGUGUUGCUCAGCUCUGUGUCUUGGCUGAAGACUGCAACCAGCCUGAUUACGUCAAGCUUGUCAAAGCUCUAUGCGCUGACCACAACAUCAACUUGCUUACUGUUCCAAGUGCUAAAACCCUCGGUGAAUGGGCUGGUCUUUGCAAGAUCGAUUCAGAGGGCAAUGCAAGGAAGGUUGUUGGAUGCUCGUGCCUUGUUGUCAAGGAUUACGGUGAGGAGACAACUGCACUCAACAUCGUCAAGAAGCAUAUUGAAUCUAACUAAAAUCAGCAAAGUCAGAUUUCAGAUGCUAUUUCCUCUUGUUUUCUUUGUUUUUUGUUAUUUAAUUCUUGUUUAGUGGACAUGUCUUGACUUGAGAUAUGUUUGGGACAACUUUUUGAUGUUAUCUAGCUCAUAUUUAAAACUCAACCAAUUCACUCA